AUGGUUGUUGGCUGUUGUAAAGAAAUUGUUCACACUUGGUUGUCAAAAUUUCCAGCAGUUCAAUUUUGCAGUUUAAGCGAUGAUGCAUUUGGAGAUAUUGCUGGUAUGGAAUCUGAUCUUUUCAGUUCAUAUGCUGAAUCAUUUUGUGCUGCUCUAGUUGUUGCUUCCAUUUCCUCAUUUGUAAUCCACCAUAAGUUCACCGCCAUGCUGUACCCCCUCCGUGUUAGUUCUAUGGGCAUAAAUGAUGUUUGGUCGCAAUAUGUUGAUGGCGCCAUAGUGACUACAGCACAACUGGAAUCAAUCUCUGAGAACCAAGGGAAUGGAGUCGUAAUUGAGAAAAUGGAGAGCUCCAAUCUCCUAUUUAAGGAACUGGAUGUUACUGACAGGAACAUAAUUACUCAUCUUUCAAAAGACUCUGAGCUCCCACGCAAAGUUGAAGACACGGAUUGUUAUUGGAAAUGGUUUGCUAGUAACUUGGCCUCAGGAGGUGCUUCUUCUCUUCUCUUUGUCUACUCCUUGUACUAUGCUUGUACCCAUUUGGCUCGUGAUUCUAAGGCUACAAAGAAGGGAGGAGAACGACAAUUCAAUGGUCUGGUUGAUGUCUGUAGGAAGACAUUGAAAUCUGAUGGUAUUGCAGGUCUAUAUCAUGGAUCCAUUAUAUCAUGUGUUGAAGCAAUUAUGGUGAUUAAAGCAAUGCCAGAGAGAAGACUGGUUUCUCCUGAAGUCCUAGGGGUUCACUUUCUUUUUCUUACAUGUUUUUAA